AUGAGGAAAGAUCUGAGGUGCAUGAGGAUAGAUCUGAGGUGCAUGAGGAUAGAUCUGAGGUGCAUGAGGAAAGAUCUGAGGUGCAUGAGGAUAGAUCUGAGGUGCAUGAGGAUAGAUCUGAGGUGCAUGAGGAAAGAUCUGAGGUGCAUGAGGAAAGAUCUGAGGUGCAUGAGGAUAGAUCUGAGGUGCAUGAGGAAAGAUCUGAGGUGCAUGAGGAUAGAUCCGAGGUGCAUGAGGAUAGAUCUGAGGUGCAUGAGGAUAGAUCUGAGGUGCAUGAGGAUAGAUCUGAGGUGCAUGAGGAUAGAUCUGAGGUGCAUGAGGAAAGAUCUGAGGUGCAUGAGGAAAGAUCCUGAGGUGUAUGAGGAUAGAUCUGAGGUGCAUGAGGAAAGAUCUGAGGUGCACGAGGAUAGAUCUGAGGUGCAUGAGGAAAGAUCUGAGGUGCAUGAGGAAAGAUCUGAGGUGCACGAGGAAAGAUCUGAGGUGCACGAGGAAAGAUCUGAGGUGCACGAGGAAAGAUCUGAGGUGCACGAGGAAAGAUCUGAGGUGCAUGAGGAUAGAUCUGAGGUGCAUGAGGAAAGAUCUGAGGUGCAUGAGGAAAGAUCUGAGGUGCACGAGGAAAGAUCUAAGGUGCACGAGGAUAGAUCUGAGGUGCACGAGGAAAGAUCUGAGGUGCAUGAGGAAAGAUCUGAGGUGCACGAGGAUAGAUCUGAGGUGCACGAGGAAAGAUCUGAGGUGCAUGAGGAAAGAUCUGAGGUGCAUGAGGAUAGAUCUGAGGUGCAUGAGGAUAGAUCUGAGGUGCAUGAGGAAAGAUCUGAGGUGCAUGAGGAUAGAUCUGAGGUGCAUGAGGAUAGAUCUGAGGUGCAUGAGGAAAGAUCUGAGGUGCAUGAGGAAAGAUCUGAGGUGCAUGAGGAUAGAUCUGAGGUGCAUGAGGAAAGAUCUGAGGUGCAUGAGGAUAGAUCUGAGGUGCAUGAGGAUAGAUCUGAGGUGCAUGAGGAUAGAUCUGAGGUGCAUGAGGAUAGAUCUGAGGUGCAUGAGGAUAGAUCUGAGGUGCAUGAGGAUAGAUCUGAGGAUAGAUCUGAGGUGCAUGAGGAAAGAUCUGAGGUGCAUGAGGAAAGAUCUGAGGUGUAUGAGGAUAGAUCUGAGGUGCACGAGGAUAGAUCUGAGGUGCAUGAGGAAAGAUCUGAGGUGCAUGAGGAUAGAUCUGAGGUGCAUGAGGAAAGAUCUGAGGUGCACGAGGAUAGAUCUGAGGUGCAUGAGGAAAGAUCUGAGGUGCACAAGGAUAGAUCUGAGGUGCAUGAGGAAAGAUCUGAGGUGCACGAGGAUAGAUCUGAGGUGCAUGAGGAAAGAUCUGAGGUGUAUGAGGAUAGAUCUGAGGUGCACGAGGAUAGAUCUGAGGUGCAUGAGGAAAGAUCUGAGGUGCACGAGGAUAGAUCUGAGGUGCAUGAGGAAAGAUCUGAGGUGCAUGAGGAAAGAUCUGAGGUGCAUGAGGAAAGAUCUGAGGUGCACGAGGAAAGAUCUGAGGUGCAUGAGGAAAGAUCUGAGGUGCACGAGGAAAGAUCUGAGGUGCACGAGGAAAGAUCUGAGGUGCACGAGGAAAGAUCUGAGGUGCAUGAGGAAAGAUCUGAGGUGCAUGAGGAAAGAUCUGAGGUGCACGAGGAAAGAUCUGAGGUGCACGAGGAAAGAUCUGAGGUGCAUGAGGAAAGAUCUGAGGUGCACGAGGAAAGAUCUGAGGUGCACGAGGAAAGAUCUGAGGUGCACGAGGAAAGAUCUGAGGUGCAUGAGGAAAGAUCUGAGGUGCAUGAGGAUAGAUCUGAGGUGCACGAGGAAAGAUCUGAGGUGCACGAGGAAAGAUCUGAGGUGCAUGAGGAAAGAUCUGAGGUGCAUGAGGAAAGAUCUGAGGUGCACGAGGAAAGAUCUGAGGUGCACGAGGAUAGAUCUGAGGUGCAUGAGGAAAGAUCUGAGGUGCACAAGGAUAGAUCUGAGGUGCAUGAGGAAAGAUCUGAGGUGCACGAGGAAAGAUCUGAGGUGCGCCUCAGUGGUUACUUCAUAGGUUUUCCUAGUGUCAGACUUCUUAGCUAG